AUGCAGCUGUGCCAAGGUGCCUCCGGCAUGGCCGCGGCCGAGGUGCCCGGCUACCUCGUGUCCCCCCAGGCGGAGAAGCACCGGCGGGCCCGCAACUGGACGGACGCCGAGAUGCGCGGCCUCAUGCUUGUCUGGGAGGAGUUCUUCGACGAGCUGAAGCAGACCAAGCGCAACGCCAAGGUCUACGAGAAGAUGGCCAGCAAGCUGCUGGAGAUGACCGGCGAGCGCCGGCUGGGCGAGGAGAUCAAGAUCAAGAUCACCAACAUGACCUUCCAGUACAGGAAAUUAAAAUGCAUGACAGAUAGCGAGGCCGCCCCGCCCGACUGGCCCUAUUACCCCGCCAUUGGCAGGAUCCUGGCCCAGGCCCCCGAGCCCCGCGACGGCGGACUGCCGGACAGCCAGCAGCCGGGGCCCUCCGCGCCCCCGACCGAGGCGUCCCUGUCGCCGUCCGCUAAGUCCGCCCCUCUGUACCUACCGUAUAACCAGUGCUCCCGCGAAGGCCGCCUCCGGGAUGACGGCUCCGGCAGCUCCUCCAGCUCACUGUCCCCUAAGCUCAGGUCGGACGAGCGGCCCGUGAAGAAGCGCAAGCUGCAGAGCUGCCACCUGCGGAAGCGGAAGCUGCGCCUGCUGGAGGCCAUGCUGGAGGAGCAGCGCCGGCUGGGCCGUGCCGUGGAGGAGACCUGCCGCGAGGCGCGCCGCGUGCUGGACCAGCAGCACAUCCUGCAGGUGCAGAGCCUGCAGCUGCAGGAGCGCAUGAUGAGCCUGCUCGAGAAGCUCAUCGCCAAGUCCAGCGUCUAG